CACAGAAUGGCCAGCAAGGUCCAACAAGUUCAGAGAUUUAUAAACUUUAUCAUUCAGCAACUUGAGUUACUAAAGGAAGAGAGAAAAAAUGUCAUAGAUACUGUAGAUGAUGCCGUCAAUCAGGUAAUUGUUUUGUUAGAAUAUUUUAAUAGCAAAAAUAACUUUCAGAGUAAAAUAAUUAGUAUCGCAUGCAAUCAGAGGUUUACCAAAAAUAUGUUGUACCCACUGCAAGAAAUAAAAAGCACCGCUGUUCAAGUAGAUCAGCGGUUCUCAACCUGUGGGUCGUGACCCCUUUGGGGAUCGCGGGACCCUUUUCCAGGGGUCGCUUAAGACCAUAUGAAAACACAUAUCCUUACAGCUAUGAAGUAGCAACGAAAAUAAUUGUGUGGCUGGGGGUCGCUACGACAUGAGAAAAUGUAUUAAAGGGUCGCGGCACUAGAAAGGUUGAGAACCACUGAAGUAGAUGAACCCAGCCCAGUCUAUAUAGAUGAUUUAUAAAAAAAAUAAAAUCAAAGAACAUAGGUACCUGCAGUGAUGAUAUUUUUUUAAUUGAAGAAUUACAUCAAACAUACUUUAAAUAGUAUCAUAAGAUUGUGAUAUCUUCAUGCUACAUACAUUAAGCAUUAUAAUUUGGUCAGUUUCUUCAGUAUUCGCAUACAAUAACAUACAGCAGUAAAUAAAAAUAAUGCAGCAUUGCAAGGCCGAAUAUGUAGAUUACUAACUGUUUGUUAAAUGACUCCAUAUUACCAUAUUACAUAAAAUCACUAGAGUAAUCAGAACAAUGGGGAACAUUUAAGUUUAUUCAAUAUAAGUGAACAAGUUUAAAAGAAAAAAAUAUAUUUUCAUAAUUAAAAACAAAAAUAAAUAUUCCUUAUGGCUUACCAAUAUUUUGCUACCCAUCUUUUUUAUCUUAAGUGGCACCCAUAUCACUGGUAUUUUCAUUUUGUCAAAAUCUCUCCACUGCAAAACACACAAAUUUCUUUUGUCUAAACAAUAAAAAUAUUUGUAAAAAUUGGAUAAAAUGUUGUAAACUAUUUUUAAAUUUCAAAUUUCAGUCUAUAUUUACCAGGGUGUGUUUUAGUUUUGUUUAGAUUAAAAAAAAAGCUUACAAUAAAGUUGUAUAUUAUAUGCAGAUUAAAUGAUGCAAUUAAUAUGUAGGUACAAAGAGAAGUUGAGGCCUGGGUUAAUGGAGGGCCCGUCAAUCAAUCAACAUGUGCCAGGAUGAAUAACAGAAUUCAGCAAGUUAUAACUGCAUUUAUGGCUAAGACUGUUGCGAUUUCAGGUAUUUUUAUAUCUAAGAUAUUUUCAAAUAAAAGUUGAAUAUUGACAACAUUAAUAUAUUUAACAUAAUAUAAGGAGAAAUGAUUUUACUUAUCAGAUUUUUGUGCCAUUUAUAAAAAAAUUAAUUUUAUAAUUUUUAUGUUAGCAGUAUUUGGAUGGAUUUACAGAAAAGCCAGUUUAUAAGACAUUAAAAAAAAAAUUCUGGUUUUACAACUUUAUUUAAGUAUUGCUUUCACAUAACUUUGAUUAAUUUACGGAAUAGAACAAAAUGAUUAUCAAGAAGGAUAUUCAAUAUUUUAACAACAUUAUUUAAUUUCAUAUUUACAGAUCUUGAUGUUCAAGGAGAAAAAAGUGAUCAAUAUCAAAUGACUUCAGCAAGUAGCCAUGAUUCUACAAGUCCUAAAAUGAGUCACACAAGGGAAGAACCCCAAGAGAAAAUGAAGCUUAGUAGUGAAAAAACACUACCUAAUACAGGUGAAAUAUUUUUUUGUUAAAAAAUUGUUACUUCCUAAAUGUUUUUAUUUCUUUGGCUUGCAUUUGUAUGAAUUCAAUGAUGUAAUAUUUACUUUAUUUUAAUUCAAUAAUAUUAUAUUGCUAGCAACUGAUUGUUAAACUUUAAUUUAUGUCAUGUAAAAGUAAUGUGUGGUCAUCAUCAAAAGAAGAGAAUUGGUGUGUGAAGGAUGUUAUGUAAAAUAUGCAUAUCAUCCUCGAUAAAAAUAAGAAAAUAAGUAUGAAACCAUUUACAAAGAGUUAUUAACUUUCCUACCUUUGAGUAGGCCUACUUUGAUUGAAAAAUAAAAUUAAUAUAUUUAAUUUCUUUUUAAAUACAGGUGUAGAUACUCCUUAUAUGACCCCUAUGAGAUUUGCCAUACUAGAGGAAGCAGUAUUCUCACUUAAAAAGACAACAGAACAAAAUCAAGAAAAACAAUAAAACAUCAACAAAAAAUUGGAAAUAUUAACAAACGAAAAUAUGCAAAUUAAGAAGCACUUUCAAGAAACACU